AUAUUUUCUCAUUUUCUAACCACAAAUCUUCCCAUUUUUAUCGCUCAUAAAUCUAUCUCUUCCACUCAAACUAAUAUUUCCCAUUUUCCACCUUUUCUUAAUUACUUAGCUAUAGAGACAUAAACAUAAAAACACAACAACUAUUUUGUUUUGUUUUGUUUUGUUUUUUUAAUCUCAAUCUCAAUGGCUUUCUUUGACCAAUCACCACGCCACUCUCUUGUUCCUGGAUUUCUUUACUCAUCAAAUGCACUCUCCCAUUUGGAUUCUUCAUCAAUCAACAACACCAUUAAUAAUCAUGCAGGGUUACCACCAUCAUCACAUUCAUCAUCAUCAUCAUUACCAUCACGAUCACAUGAAUGGACUAGGAAAAAUAUUCCUAUGAUCCCUUCACCAAAUGAGAGUAUUCCAAUGUUUUCUCCCGCGUACUAUGCUGCGUGCAGUGCUGGCGGUGUCUUCAGCUGUGGUCUUACUCACAUGGCUGUCACUCCUCUUGAUCUCGUCAAGUGCAACAUGCAGAUUGACCCUAAAAAGUAUAAGAGCAUCACUUCAGGAUUUGGAGUUUUACUGAAGGAGCAGGGUGCUAAAGGUUUCUUCAAAGGGUGGGUGCCAACUUUGCUUGGUUACAGUGCUCAAGGAGCAUGCAAGUUUGGAUUCUAUGAAUUCUUCAAAAAGUAUUACUCAGAUCUUGCAGGACCAGAGAAUGCAGUCAAGUACAAAACUUUCAUAUAUCUAGCUGGUUCUGCUUCAGCUGAAGUUAUUGCUGAUGUUGCACUUUGUCCUAUGGAGGCGGUAAAAGUUCGUGUUCAAACUCAGCCCGGCUAUGCUCGUGGUUUGUCUGAUGGGUUACCUAAGUUUAUCAAGGCUGAUGGUGUUUCCGGGUUGUAUAAAGGACUUGUUCCUCUUUGGGGCCGUCAGAUACCAUACACAAUGAUGAAAUUUGCUUCAUUUGAGACUAUUGUGGAGAUGAUCUACAAAAAUGUCAUUCCAACCCCCAAAGCACAAUGCAGCAAAAGUAAGCAACUUGGAGUCAGUUUUGCAGCAGGAUAUAUUGCAGGUGUACUGUGCGCAAUUGUCUCACACCCUGCCGAUAACCUUGUUUCUUUUCUCAACAAUGCUAAGGGAGCCACUGUUGGUGAUGCAGUGAAGAAGAUCGGAGUAGUUGGUCUUUUCACUCGCGGCCUUCCUCUUCGUAUAGUUAUGAUUGGAACACUAACUGGAGCUCAGUGGGGUCUCUAUGAUUCAUUUAAAGUAUUUGUAGGACUGCCAACUUCUGGUGGAGCUGCUCCUGCACCUGUGAAAUAGAAACAAUUCAAACAACAGAUGCUUGGUUAUCCAGAAGAGAGAUUAUUUUGUCAGACAAAUAAUGUUAGAUUUCUAAUGCUUAUCAGCUAAAGCAUAUUUUUGCCAAAGAACCACCAUAUAGUAUAUUAUUAAGAUGAAUGUUCAGAUUUUAUCCUUCAUUUAACUUUUUUCAAUCGGUACUUGAUUUUGAUCACUCAGUUGUCAGUUUAACAAUAGUUUGAAUUUUUCUAAUUUAAUCAUAUAUAUGAUUUGUUAGUCAUGUCAAGACUAUGACAUU